AUGAAUUUAUAUGAUGAGGAUUGCUCAUCGGAUAAGUUAUUACCGAAUUCCAUUUUUUUAAUAAACAAGUAUCGAAUUAAUAAUGUGAAAAAGAAUAUACCAUAUGAAGAAAAAUACUUAAAUAAAAAAAAACAUUUUGACAAUUUACUUGAUUUAAAGUUAUGUUGUAUAAAAAAAACAAUUGGAAAAAAAUAUAUACCUCUUAUUACAGAUACUAAAGAAGAUAAUCAUGUUACUAAUUCAAAGGAUGACAAAAAAAAUUUAUAUCAAAACAAGACUGACUCCUUUAACAAUAAUAAGGACAAUAUAGAUGAAAAAGAAAACAAUCAAAGUUAUUGUAAAACAAAUGGUAUGUCUAUCAGUGGAGUGGAAAACUAUUAUGUUUAUUUCAUUUUAAGGCAAUGGUGUAUAGAAAAUUUUUAUAAUAAAAUUGAAAAAAAAAAUCAAACAAUAAGUUAUGUAAUUAUAGGUAAACAUAUUCAUGAAAAUAAUAAAUGCUCUUAUGAUGAAAUUAAAGUUGAAAUACUAAAUUAUAAUGUAGAAAAAGAUGGUUUCUUUGUUCAAAUUCAUGGAAAUGGAGAUAAUUUAUUUUUACUUUCACAACAAGAGUGUAUACUAAUUAAAAUUAAAUAUGUAAAAGAUAAUUUUAUCAAAGCAGAAUCAAUUUUAAAUAAUAAACAUUUUAAAAUAUCUAAAAAAAGAAAAGUAAUUAAAGCAGAAUGGUUUAAUAAAUCAAAAAAUAUAAUUACACUUUUAACUUAUGAACAAGUCAUACCAUAUAAACUUUUUACAUGUAAUUAUAGAGGAAUAAUCAGAUUAAUUAAUAUCAAAAAUAAAAAUAUAAAAGAAGAAAUUAAAAUUGUUUUACCUGAUAUAAGUAUACUCUUACAAAAAAUGCAAAACAAUAAUGAUGAUAUAGACAAUUUAAAAAAAAAAAUUUCAGAAAGCAUAACUAAAAGUCAUGAAAAUUUAAAAAUGUGUACUAUUGAAAAGAGAGAAGUAAAUGAUUUGAUUAACGAAAUGGAUUACACUAACCUUGAUGAAGGUGAAGAAAAAAGUAAAGCAGUUUCAAAUAAAAAAGAAAAACAUGGAGAAUCUAAAAAUGGUAGCGAAUAUAAAUAUGAAGGCAUAUCUAAUUAUAGUGAAAAAACUUAUGACUCAUCUAAAAAAAAUAUAAAUUCCGGUUUCGAUUCAAUGGUUAAUUAUUAUGGUGAUGAUUUAGGUUUAACGUCAACAGAAGUUAAUACUGUUUUGGAAUAUGAAAAUAAUAAAAUAAAAAAAGAAAAAUAUAUUUCCAAAGUUCGAGAUAAAAAAAAUGAAAUAAAUAAACAAAAAAGAUAUUUAUAUAACAAAUAUAAAUAUCAAAAUUUAGCAGUUGAUUUUUGUUUUGGGUCAAUGAAUGAAAAUGCAUUAUGGAUUGAAACAUGUAUAUUUGUUCUUUUAAAAGUUGGAAUUGUUUUAAUUUAUUCUCCGAUUUUUACAAAAAAAUGCUACAUUAGUUAUCCAUUAUUACAUGAGUUAAAUCAGAUAAAAACGGGAAGUGAAAUAAAAAAUGACCAUAUUUCAUAUAAUCAAGACUUUUUAGAAUAUUAUAAUUUUUUUGAAAAUUGUUCUAUACGUAAGUAUGAAGAAAAAUAUGUAUGUAUGCAAUUUGGCAAAAAAAAUAAACCAUACUCUAUAUCAGGAAAAGAAUCAAAAGAUGAUACAAAAAUCGAUGAAGAAAAAGAAAUGGAAUAUAUUCCCUAUGUUAUAAAUUGUUUAAAACCAUCAGAAUAUAAAUGUAUAAACUUAAUAUACUAUAACAGUUUAGUUAUUAUAUGUGUUUGUAGUAAAUUAGGAUAUAUAUCUUUUUUUUUAUUAAAUUAUUUUAUAACUCCUUGUGUUUCUUUAAAUAUUAAAAAUAAACAUUCAUAUUAUGAGAAGGAAAAUAAAACAAAAAAGCAAGUAUCAUUUUCACUUUUUAAAAAAAAGACAGAUCCUUUUUUCUUUAACAUAUUUAAUAAUAAAGAGAAUGUUCAUUUAGAGCAAAUGAAUAUAUCAGGUUUUACCAACUUAAUAAAUAAAGAAAAAUAUGAUGAAUAUGGUCAAAGAAUGAAAAAUAAUUAUACAGUAAAAGAUUUGAUAACCCAUAAGAAUGAGGAAGAAAAAGAUCAAACAAAUAAAGAAAAAAAAAAUAAAACAAAAAUAGAAUAUUGCAAAGAAGAAAGCUCAAGUUCAGACAUCGAGCAUGUAGACAACCUGAAAGAUAGCAAAAUAAAGAAAAAACUUAAAACUCGUACUAUUAAACAACGACAUAAAGAAAGUGUAAAAAAUAAAAGAGGAGAUGAGUUAUUUUUUUCAUGUUAUGAAGAAAUAAAUGAAAUAUAUGAAGAUAAAAUAGAUAAAGAAUUACAAUUUGAAUAUUACAUUUUAAAUGUUAUAUUUUUUGAUGCCUAUUAUACUGGGAUGGCAAAUGUAAAAUGUAUAGUCCUUAAUGAUAAUAAUUUAAUAUGCUUUAAUAAUAGUAAAGUAAUAAUUAUAAAUUUGUUAUGGCUAAAAUUUGUAUAUGUUAUAGUCUACCUAAUUAGUGUAAGACAUAUAUUAUCAGCUAGAUUAAUAUAUGAGAUAUGUACAAAUAGUUUAUAUAUGAAAACAUCAAUUUUUAAAUCUAAAAUAGAUUUUUAUGAAUUUGAUUAUUAUAAUUAUUUAUUACUAGAUCAUACUAAACAAUUAUGUUAUGAUAAUUUUAUUAAAUUAUUUAAAAAUAAAAGAGAAGAAGAAUUAUUAAAAAGUUUUCAAGACAUUAAUAAAGUUGAAAAUUUCGAUACUUUUCAAUCCAACGUUUUAUAUAAUAUACAACAUGUUUUACAUCCAGUAGUUAUACAAACAGAUGAUCACGAUAUUUCAAAUACCAAAUUAAAUGAAGUAUAUUUUAUAUUUACACAUUAUGUAAAUUUAGAGUCUCAAAGAAGAAAUCAAUUAUUUAUGAAAGCAAAUCUAAAUUUUUUUACAUGCCCAAUAUAUAAAAAUCUUUUUUUAAUUUAUGAUUGUUUUAAAUUUAAUUUAUAUAAAGAUAGUUUGCAAUUACAGAAUAAAGACAAUGGUACAACAACAUAUUUAGUAAAAAAAAAAAAAAACUAUAAACCAUUUUGUAUACUAGGUCAAAAUGAAAAUAGCACAAUUAUAAAUUAUAUAAUUAAUACUAAAAUUAUUGAUGAUGAUUCAGUAGAUAUAUCUAUAUAUAAAAAUAUAUUAUCAUUUUAUAUAUACUCUCGAUGUAAUGAUUAUAUGAAUGAACUUAUAAAAAAAAAUUUUAUUUUCUAUCUCGGAACGAAAUCUAUACACAACAAGACACGCAGAAAUAUUGCCAUAAUGGGAAAUACUAAUCAAGCUGCUAAUUAUCUGACGACACAAAGUAUGCUCAAUAAAAAAUCUGUAUCCAAAAUGAAUAACCUUACAACAACUAUCUUGUCAAAUGGCCUUCAUCAAGGGACACUAAUCAAGUACUCAAAUCUCAUGAACAGUAAUACUGAAACUGUGUUAGGAUUAGAAUAUUGUCAAAAUUAUAAAAAUAAAAUUAUAUAUUCUAAAAAUAUACCUAUAAAUGUUACAAAUUUUAUGUCUAUUACGACACAUAAUGUAACUUAUUCAAAAUCUUCAAACAAUUCUUGUAAUAAUAAUCCAAUUGUUGGCUUUUUAAAAAAUGCAUUUUUAUUAUUACAUAAUACAAAUACUUUGCUUGAUCAAACAAAAGAUAAAAAUAAUAAUAAUAAAACAUACAAAGAUAUAAUGUCAAAAAUAAAUAGUAGCAAUAAUAUUUCUCAAAAUUUUGAAUCUAUAAAUCCUGAAUUUUUUAUAUCGAGUUUAAAACAUUUUAUAAAAAAUAUGGAUGUAAAAAGAAGUGAUGAAUUAGAAUGUGCUACAUUAAUAAAAAAACUAAUAAAAAUAAAAAAUGAUUAUAUUCAUGUUAAGGAUUAUUAUAUCAAGAAAAAUGACAUCCAUCUAAUUUGGAAAAAUAAAAUUGAUCAAAAUGAUGAAGAUCAACAAAUGCCUUUUGUACAAAAUGUCAUAAAACAUUAUUAUUUUUUUUUAGGAUUAAAUAAUUAUUAUGAAAAUAAAUUUAAAAAAAUUCAAAAACGUUUAACUGAAAUUUUAUCAUAUAAAAUUAUAAACUUUUUAAAAUCUCAUAGUCAUUUACAAAAUGUUGGAAAAUCUCUACUUCAAAAAAAUUCAGAUUUAGUUGAAGAUAUUAAAAAAUGUUAUGAAAAACAAAAACUAAUUAAAAACAAAUUUAAUAUUUUAAAACAAAAUAUUAAUGAAUUUAGUGAAAUUAAAAAUAUUCAAAGAAAAAAAUGUGUUACCUUCAAAUAA